AUGGACCUGCUGACCCCUAAGCUGCUGCUGGGAGCCGGGGGAAAGGGAGCAGUAGAAAAGAGGGGAGAAGAGGACCCCAGCAUAGCUGUGUCCUCUGCCGUGGCUUUGGGAGGAUGCAGAGAGAAGAAGUAUGAUUACUAUAGCCUGCCGAAAACCUCUGUUGUGAUAGCUUUUUAUAAUGAGGCUUGGUCAACACUUCUGCGAACUGUUCAUAGUGUUCUUGAGACAUCUCCAGAUAUACUUUUGGAAGAAAUUAUCCUUGUAGAUGAUUACAGUGACAAAGAACAUCUGAAGGAGGCUUUGGAAAACUAUGUGGCUGGUUUACGCAAGGUGCGUCUUAUCCGUGCAAAUAAGCGAGAGGGACUGGUUCGAGCCCGGCUGCUGGGGGCAAGCGUGGCGAAAGGGGACAUCCUGACCUUCCUGGACUGCCACUGCGAAUGCCACGAGGGCUGGCUGGAGCCGCUGCUGGCAAGGAUUGCAGAAGAAGAAUCAGCUGUCGUCUGCCCUGUUAUUGAUGUUAUUGACUGGAAUACAUUUGAGUACUUGGGAAAUGCCGGUGAGCCACAGAUUGGUGGAUUUGACUGGAGACUGGUCUUCACUUGGCAUGUUACCCCUGAAAGAGAACAAAAACGGAGGAAAUCCAAGACCGAUGUGAUCAGGUCUCCAACCAUGGCAGGUGGAUUGUUUUCUGUGAGCAAGAAGUAUUUUGAUUAUCUUGGUUCAUAUGACACAGGAAUGGAAGUCUGGGGAGGAGAAAACCUUGAAUUUUCAUUUAGGAUAUGGCAGUGUGGAGGAAGUCUUGAGAUCCACCCGUGCUCACAUGUAGGUCACGUUUUCCCCAAACAAGCUCCAUACUCACGGUCCAAAGCUUUGGCAAACAGUGUGCGUGCAGCUGAAGUGUGGAUGGAUGAGUAUAAAGAACUUUAUUACCACCGAAACCCACACGCUCGCCUGGAACCAUAUGGAGAUGUGACAGAAAGGAAACUUCUUCGAGAGAAGCUGAAAUGUAAGGACUUCAGAUGGUUCUUGGAUAAUGUGUACCCAGAGCUUCAUGUACCUGAGGACAGACCAGGCUUCUUUGGAAUGCUGAAGAAUAGAGGAAUGGCAAACUUCUGUUUUGAUUAUAACCCUCCGAAUGAACAUCAGGUAACUGGACACAGGAUCAUACUGUACCCAUGUCAUGGCAUGGGACAAAAUCAGUUUUUCGAGUACACAUCCCAUAAUGAAAUACGUUACAACACUCGACAGCCAGAAGUCUGUGCAGCAGUCGAUUCAGGGACCGACUACUUGACAAUGUACUUGUGUCAAGAAAAUGUCCACAAUAUUCCUGAAAACCAAAAGUUUGUUUUCAGAGAGGACGGUACUUUGUUUCAUCCACACACCCAGAAGUGCGUACAAGCAGAGUCAAAUGCUUACAAUGGUAACCCAGCACCAUUGUUACGACCAUGUACCAACUCGGACUACCAAAAAUGGUUCUUCAAAGAAAGAAGUUGAUCCAGAUGUCAUCUAGGAUGUAGCUGAAUAUGAAAAUGUUCUCUCUCUAGUCAGCAGUUAGCCUUUUGAAAAUCACAUAAGUGAUAUAUUUUUGUAUGGAAAGAACUGUAAUCAGUUUACAAGCCUUGAAUUUCAUUUUCUGGAGCAUUAAAAGGCACUAAGCAUUGAGAGCUACGUAAAGUAAGUGCAGGGGUUAUAUCAUGCCACAUAAUCUGCUCCUCUUCUUUUCUUUAUUUGGCAGCUACAUAACUUUUUAUGAAGUGUCUUAGGUUCUUUUCACAAGUGACAAUGUAUUUUUUUAGUCUACUGUGUGAAAGUA